AUGAGGCCUCAGAUCUUGCUGCAUCCACAAUUGCGCACCUCUUUUCCCCGAUGGCUGCGGAGAGACCUCAACAGCCGGUUACUGACUCGCCUGAAGUCAACCCAGACGUCCUUGAAACCAAAGGAAACAGGCUCACUCGCUUCCCAGAGCUCAUUUCAGCCAUCGGCAGCACAGGCAAAGACAAAAAUUAGACGAGGGCCUCCGGAACGGAUAUUGAUAUACCAUGGAGGAACAGGCAGUACGAUCUUCCUCGGGAUGCUGCGAGUUACUACAAUAUUUCUCUUUGGGGUGGCUUGCUUUGUGGUUGCGCCGGCGUUCUUCUCUUCGGACUAUCCCUCCUAUGUUGCUCCUGCUGUGGUUGCAGCUGGUGCCCUGCCUUUGAUUUUCGUCUCCUAUACGUCUGCUCCGUACGUAAACUUCGUCCAUCUUGCGCUACCCGUCUUCGCUCGACGGUCAAGGGAGCAGGCUAUACAAUAUGCGAAAAAGCUUCCACCCACUGCAACGUUGUAUAUCAACACCAUGAAGUUCACCACUAUCCCUCGGCGAACAGAAGUGCGCCUGGCAGAUCUUGUUCCAGACAGGGCGAAGAUACGCCCAGUGAGCUUCCGCAACCAAAACCCCGCACCACCACCGUGGUGGCAGUGGAGAACGCAGCAACAUUUCUAUACCGGAGAGAAGAGCAAGCCUGGAAGGGCAUCUUCAACUUUCUAUCCUGAGCUGUGGGAACAUGUGUACCGACAGAUACAGAACAAUCAGCCCUUGAGGAGACCAUGA